GGGUGAAAGGCGCAUUGAUGCAGGCUGCGCCGGCUCGGAGCGCGGCGGGGCCAGACUCUGAUCACAUCCCGGCUCGCGGUCUCCAAGUCCGGCUCUUGCUCCGACGUCCCGGGGCCGCCGCGCGCCAUGCGCCUCCACGGCCCCGCCGCGGUCUCCGCGCCGUGGCUGCUCGGCCUCCUGUUGCUCCUGCUGCUGCAGCUGCGGGCGCCGUCGAGCGCCUCUGAGAUCCCCAAAGGGAAGCAGAAGGCGUUGCUCCGGCAGAGGGAGGUGGUGGACCUGUAUAAUGGAAUGUGCUUACAAGGGCCUGCGGGGGUACCUGGUCGAGACGGGAGCCCUGGGGCCAAUGGUAUUCCUGGCACCCCUGGGAUCCCAGGUCGGGAUGGAUUCAAAGGAGAAAAGGGGGAAUGCCUAAGGGAAACCUUUGAGGAGUCCUGGACACCCAACUACAAGCAGUGUUCAUGGAGUUCGCUGAAUUAUGGCAUAGAUCUUGGGAAAAUUGCGGUAAGUAAAAUCUGAAUUAUUUUGAAGUUAAAGCAAAACUUAAGUGUUUUCAAAGUUGAGUUCUCUGAUUGCCUUCGGUUAAAUGGCAGAAGCUCAUGCUGCCAACGUUGGUAUUUCACGUUCAACGGAGCUGAAUGUUCAGGACCUCUUCCCAUUGAAGCCAUAAUUUAUUUGGACCAAGGAAGCCCUGAACUGAAUUCAACAAUUAAUAUUCAUCGCACUUCUUCCGUGGAAGGACUUUGUGAAGGAAUUGGUGCCGGGUUAGUGGAUGUGGCUAUCUGGGUUGGUACUUGUUCAGAUUACCCCAAAGGAGAUGCCUCUACUGGAUGGAAUUCAGUGUCUCGCAUCAUUAUUGAAGAACUGCCAAAAUAGAUUCUUUAAUUUUCAUUACCUACCUCUUUUUUAUUAUAUCUUUGAAUGGUUCAUUUUAGUGACAUUUAAUUUUUAGGUAUAUAUCUGAAAAACAAAGCUAAAUGUGUUUACAGACCAGAGUGUGAUUUCAUACUGUUUUUAAGUCCAGUAUUCAUUUUCCUUCCAUCAAAGAUUAUUUCGGGAUUUUGUAGUUGAAUAGAAUUCUUUCGUCAUAGUCCCAUUCUCUGAAUCUAUAAUUUAGAAUAUCAUUGUAGUUUAAAAGUUUUCCUAUUCUCUCAGCAUAACACUUUUUUAAAAUAUAAAAGCUACCAGUGUUUGUACAAGCUGUAAAUUGUUCAAAAUUUUUUUGUAUCUGUGAAAUAAAACUUAUUUCAAACAACUUUAAUAUCUUUAACCUAAUUGCCACUAAAAUGAGUUUCUAGUACUUUUUAUCUGAAAAGUUCAUUGUUAAAUGAAUAAAUACAAAUUUAGAUUUAACUCAACUCAUUUAGUGUAGGUACAGUGUUCCAUAUUUCAAGGGAUACAAAGAGAAAGGACAUUUAUGUGUCAGGAAAUACACAAGCACUUGAAGAAUUUUAUCUUAACAAAGAGUAAAAAGAUGUGAAUUCUUGUCUCAAAUUGCUUACCAUCUGGUAGGAAGGAUAAGAGAUAUACAAAAAGACCAAUAAAUCAAAGAUUAUAUGUCGACUGUUAUAAAAGUUGUGGAAAGGGAUGAUAUAAUUCAAAGCAAGAUCUAUCACUUCUAGUUGAGGCAAUCAGAAAGAAUUCACGAUGAACGAAGUACAGGUAAGACUAAUAAAGUUAAGUAAAUCCUGGGCUUGAAUUGGAAGUGUCAGUAUGAAUUCAUAAAGUACUUUAUCAUAAGUAAAGCUAUAAAACAAUAACAACAAAAUCUCCUAACUUUGUUUACUGAAAAGGCCUAUAAAUGAUGACUGAUGUAGUAAUGCCCAGAUUGUGAUCACAACAUACCAUUUCCUACUCAAAGGAAUCCAGGCUCCAUGAAGAAAUGGGUGGUUUCAUCUCUGGGGCAGGAAAUGUACAAUAUGAGCCUGGAACAUCUUGUCAUACUGGAAAACAAAGCAACUACCAAAGACAACUCAAAAGGAUCCAAGAGCCAACCUGAAUUGGUUCCCGUUGGCAAAGAUGAUACGAUUUAAGCAUCAAUAAAGAUAGUAACUGCAAUGGUUUGAACCACAUCAAAUAUGUUUAAAUGCAUGAGUUCAUAAUGAUAUUGACAUGAAAUUCAUUGGUCAACUUUAAGGACACCAGCAAACCAACUUGUUACUUUGAAAAUUGGUACAGUUAAAAACAAGUAUUUAGUAUACUUUCUCCAAAUGAACUGUAUUUCUGGGUAACCAAAUUAAUUGUUGAUAAAGGAGAAUUUUGCCUUAUAGAAGUGUGUGUAUGCGAAUUAAGGGAUCUAGCAAUGAACAUCUGUUGACUGAUAACAUUCCAAAGAGAAAGACCAGACUAUGUGCCUCCUAAUGAAAGUUCAUUAAUGCCACCCAAGAAGUGGUUUUGCCAAGAAACAAUCAAACCUGGGCCUGAUUUAGCCUUCAGAUAUAACCACUACAUUUUAGGAAAUACAGGGGAUAGAAAGACAUGCUAAUUGAUAUGACAAGGUUAUAAUCAGCAAAUCCAGACUGUGGGAAACUCGAAAGAACUUGGUUUCUUCAACAAAUAGCAAGAAAAAAGAAAAAACAUGGACUAAAAGAGAUUUAAUAUAUCAACCCAUUUCAAUGUUUGGAUUUUAUUUGGAUGCUUGAGGUAGUUAAAGACAUUUGAACAUUGGAUAUUUGAUAUUAAACAUUUUUCAGGUGU